CCGAUUUUUAGAACCAUGAGUAAUAGUCAAGCAUUCAUGUUGUUUUCCUUGUCACACUUUAGGUAUGGUUUCCUUCUGCUGGAGAGCAUUGCAGCAAAAGAUCCUCUUAGUGUUUCGGUUGCAAUUCUUCAUCAGUUCAACAUCUUGCCAGAGAUGUAUCAAGUCGGCUACACAAAACUGUUUUUCAGAACUGGCCAGAUUGGGGUUCUUGAAGAUACAAGGAAUCGCACUCUUCAUGGUAUCUUACGUCUCCAAAGCUGUUUUAGAGGGCACCAAGCACGGAGUCGUCUAAGAGAGCAUAAAAGAAGAGUUACCGUUCUUCAAUCAUUUGUUCGUGGAGAAAAGGUAAGAAAGGAAUACACAGAGUUACUUCGGAGGCAUAGAGCUUCUGCUGCUAUACAAAGCCAUGUUAAGAGAAGGAUUGCUAAGAGACAGUAUAAAGCCACUGUUGAUGCAUCGGUUGUAAUACAGUCAGCAAUUCGUGGCGAGCUGGUUAGAAGAUGUGCUGGGGAUAUUGGUUGGCUAAAAUCUGGAGGCACCAAGAGAAAUGAGUCAGACGAGGUGCUGGUGAAGGCAUCAGUGAUUUCAGAACUUCAGCGUUGGGUUCUGAAAAGCAAAGUUGCUCUCCGUGAGAAAGAAGAGGAGAACGACAUUCUCCGACAAAGACUGCAGCAGUACGACAACCGGUGGUCUGAAUACGAAACAAACAUGAAAUCAAUGGAACUAAAUAGGAUCGAUGAAGAAACGGGGAAUUUCUCGGAAGAGUUCACAACGGGAGUAGAGCAAUUCAUGGCAUUUGCAAACAGUCAGCCUCUAACACAGGAUAAUAAUGGUAAAUUCUUUUGUCCUUGCAGUGUUUGCAAGAAUGAGAAAUUUCUCCCGGGGCAUCGAAUUUUGAAACAUAUAUAUAGUAAAGGGUUUAUGCUCGACUAUUAUGUGUGGUACAAGCAUGGAGAAGAACUCGAUAUGGCUUUAGGAACAAGUUAUGCUAAUCCGACGCAUUUAAGUGGUAGUGAAGAUCACAUUGGUAAUGCAGUAGAAGAUAGAUAUGUGGAAAUGGUGAAUGAUGCAUUUCGAGAUAAUAGACUGUUUCAGAUUAACUUGAGCUACGGCCUCUUCAUACCUCCUGUUGUUUCAGUUGUUCGUGGAGAAAAGGUAAGAAAGGAAUGCACAGAGUUACUUCGGAGGCAUAGAGCUUCUGCUGCUAUACAAAGCCAUGUUAAGAGAAGGAUUGCUAAGAGACAGUAUAAAGCCACAGUUGAUGCAUCUGUUGUAAUACAGUCAGCAAUUCGUGGCGAGCUGGUUAGAAGAUGUGCUGGGGAUAUUGGUUGGCUAAAAUCUGGAGGCACCAAGAGAAAUGAGUCAGACGAGGUGCUGGUGAAGGCAUCAGUAAUUUCAGAACUUCAGCGCAGGGUUCUAAAAAGCGAAGCUGCUCUCCGUGAGAAAGAAGAGGAGAACGACAUUCUCCGACAAAGACUGCAGCAGUACGACAACAGGUGGUCUGAAUACGAAACAAAGAUGAAAUCAAUGGAAGAGAUUUGGCAAAAGCAGAUGAGAUCAUUGCAGUCAAGUCUUUCCAUUGCAAAGAAAAGCCUAGAGGUUGAGGACUCGGCUAGAAACUCUGAUGCGUCGGUGAACGCAAGCGACGCAACGGAGUUAUCAGGAAGUGGCGGUGAUUUCAGGACACAUGGGAGGACAAGAAGUGUUGGUGUGGGUUUAAGCGUGAUAAGCCGGUUAGCAGAAGAGUUCGGACAGAGAGCUCAGGUGUUUGGUGAUGACACAAAGUUCUUGAUGGAAGUGAAGUCUGGUCAGGUGGAGGCGAACUUGGAUCCGGAGAGGGAGCUAAGAAGGUUGAAACAGAUGUUUGACACGUGGAAGAAGGAUUAUAGAGGGAGAUUAAGGGAAACGAAACUGAUACUUGGCAAACUUGGGAGUGGGGAAAGUGGUGGUUCAGCGGAGAGAGUGAAGAUGAAGUGGUGGGGGAGGUUGAAAAGUACCAGGUUUUAAUGGUCUCAUUAUUUCCUUGAGACGCACGUCUCUAUUUUUAUUUUAUACGUU